AUGCGAGAUAAUAACGUUGAAAGCAGUACCGAAUCACCGACAAACAAUUCAGCGUAUGAUAUGGAUACAUUUUACGAGAUGAAACAACGUUUGUUAGCAGAACGUACAGAAAUGAAAGCUAUCGAAAUGCUGCAGAUGCUGCUUUCUCAUAAUGUGGAGCAUAUUGACUGGGAUGCAUUUCCAGAUUUGAAGGAUUUAAUCAUUUGUAUUCUUGAUACUAUCGGUAUAGUUUCCUUAACUGAAAAACACCAAAUUUUGGUCUUGAAUGGAAUUAACAAUAGCCAUCCAAAAGUUGUUGACGUGCUUGUCGAUUAUUAUAUACGGCAUAUCGAUGAAGUCUAUGAAAUGCUUGCCAAUUCACAUAUAGCUGUAACGAUUGCAUUUGCACGCCGAGUUUGUGAUUUCGAUUGUGCUGGAUCGAUAGCUGUUCUGUUGACACGCUUUGCAUCACUAAAAUUGGUGCAAGAUGAGUUACUAAAUCAGCUGAAUUCAAAUCGCGCUGAAGUUCGAUUUCGAGUACAUCAGAUAACAACUUUGGUGAUGAAGAAAGAAGAUGAUUUGCAAAAAAUCGGAGAUUUAAUCAAUCGGUUAGCUGAAGAGCUUGAAUCUACUGAUAUUUUAAUCCAGAUCAAUGCUGUCGAGAUGUUUGCUGAUGGUGCUUCGCAAAAACCAUCCACUGCGAAGUAUUUGUUAUCGACAGGAAUCGUUGAUCAUCUCAACAGAUUGUUUAUUCAAUGCAUGGAGCAGCCAGAUGCAGGUUUUCUCUAUCCCGCUCUUAUCAAGUUUUUUGGACAUCUUUCUGUGGCUGAUGUGGAAUGUUUGUCUCAAUAUCCGAAAUUUUUGGAUUCAUUAUUUGAUUUGAUUUAUCACUUUGACCGAUUGGACGCUUCAUUACGUCUUAUUGCUUUUGAUACACUUGGUGCUGUGGGAUCAACCGAUCGUGCUAAGAAAUUCCUGGACAGACAGCACAAUAAUUGUAGUAUUCUGUUUCUAGCACAGUGUGAUAUGAAGAGAGCAAUGAAUGCAUUUGGUGUGGCUAUUGCAAGUGGACCAAUAGAUUUGCGAGUACGACAUAUUAAUGCUUUGUCGAUGAUGUUGGAGGUCAAAGAUGAACUUGAGGAUGCUGAUGCAGAUACUGUCGCGCAGAAAUGGUUCAAUUGGCUUGGUGAGGCAUUUCCAUCAGUUAUAAUUUCAUAUCUAAAUAAACCAUUUAAUGAUGUUCGAAUAUCGUCAUUACGAUUGCUUUUGGCACUUUUCGAUCAUAAAUGGGCAAUUCGCAUAUUCUGUCUCGCUUCCGGCUUUCUGGUAUCUAUCUUAAAUCGAAAUACUGAAAGGAAUGCCGAGGGUAAGCAAUGUAAAUAUGAUGUCAUUUGCAAACUUAUCGAUAGCGCUGAUUCGAUGAUUUCACCGGAAGAUAUGAUCAGGCUAAAGUUGUACCGUCGUGAGGGAGCAUUUUAUGUUGAAAGGAGUCCACAGAUUGAUAUGGAAAAUGAUUGA